UAAUUGCGAGCUCAUUUUCCUGGCCGAGAAAGUUGAUGCCACGUGGAUAUGAAAAGGACCACUAAGCCAAGAGAUAAUUGAAUUAAGCAGUAGUCUGAAGAUGAGAAUGAAGGUGACUCUGUCACUCAAAAUGAUUAUCCAUACCCCAAAUAAUCCCGCUGCUUUAAGCAUCACAAGAUGUGUCAGAAACCAAAGAACCUCCACAGACAACAGCAGUUGUAGCUUGCACACAGCCUUUGCAGGAUUUUUUGCAGCUUGCACAGUUGUAGCCUCCGCGGCGGGGGCAUCGUCGAUAGAAGGCGCGGAGACUCUAUCAAACAUACCUCAAACUUUAUCCGGUGAGUGCGCCUCCUCAGCCAAGGAAUGCAAAAAGCCUAGAAUCCAACGACCGAAGUCGACCAAGGCAGAGUCAUGCACUGUCAAGUGUGUCAAUACUUGCAUCCGUGGCGGUGAAGGCUCACCUGGGGAAGGACCUCUUAAUAUUAGAAGACCUCUAGUGGUUUUCAAGCAAGGAUUUCGAAGCCGUCAAUACUGCAGUUUGGUAGAGUGUUCGGAUAUCUGUAAUUUGAUUGGAGAUGGAGAUGAUGGACCUUAACAACCAUGGACUAACCUUCCAUCUAUCAUUUGUUUUAUUUUUAUUUUUAUUUAUUUAUUUUUUUUUUUUUGAAAGGUUCCAUUUAUCAAUUUAAGUUGUAAACAUGCAUGCAACCAUUAUAAUUUGUUUAUUUUUUUUGAAACUUACCAUUAUAACUUUUUUGAUGGAAUAAAUAUAUUAGAAAUACAAUGUGAA